AUGCCCAGCUCCAGGAAUCCCAGCCUAGGGAUGUCCCGGGACAGCAGCGACUUCUGUGGUCUGAGACCGGUGGAGACCCCGAAGAGCUCGAAGAAGCCUCCGGGAAAUAAGAGAGCUCAAUCCUUGGACCGGCAGGUUCCCAGGAAGGACCCUGAGUCUUCGAACUCCAGGUGCCCCUCCAGCUCCACCUGCAGGAGGACAGCCAGCGAUGGAGCCAGAAGAUCUGAGAGCCCAUCUCACUUUGCGGAGGCCCAGGGAGCUGCAGCCCUCCCUCUGGGAGAAGGGAGCAGAUUUCUCCCCAGUGAGCAGGGGGCCCCAGAAGACACCAAGAAAGAAAAGCCUCCGAGAGAGGUCCAGCAUAGCUGGUUGAGGAUGGUACUGAAUCUCUUACUCAUGAGGCUAGAGGAGCCCAAAGAAAAAGCCAGCAGGAUAUCAAAGGGGAAAGGGGACCUAUCAGAAGCAACCGAGGAGCCAGCCCUCAGGAAGAAGUCCCAGGAGAAGAGGACCAGCCGCAAGAAACACAGUCACAGGAAGCCUCUUGCCAAAGAGCCUCCUGGGCCCCAGACGGCAGAAGCACAAGGUCAAGAGGACAUACAGCCCAGUUUGGUUGCCUCACACACCACCGAGGAGGCAGACCUGGGGCUGAUCUGCAGGGGGGGACCAGAUUCUGACUUCCAUCAGGCCUUGCCCACUGAAGGAGGCCAUGCUGAAAUCCCAGAUAGCUCUAGCCAAGCCACAGGCCCUCCAUCAGAAGAGGACCCCAGGAAGCCAGACCAGGAUGACGUCAUCUGGCAGAUCGUGGAAUUACUCAAGAAAGCUGGAGACCAACUGGAAGAAGAGCAAGCGCAAGUCCCUCAGCCAGAAGCCGUUCCUCCGCAUAAGCCAACGGCACCCCCCAGGAAGAAAUCCCAGGAGAAGAAGUCUAGCCUGAAGAGAACCUUGUCCCUCAAGAGGCCUGCCUCCGAGGAACCCAAGAGAGUGGGCACUGCCACUACCCUUGGCCCAGAAACCCGACCCAAGAGGCCCAGCUUCCUACCCGUGUGUGUUAGUAGCCAGCGAACUUCUACGUCCAGCAGCCAUGACUCGGAGGCGCCUGAGUUCCAUGAGGUCCUGUCUGUAGAUGGUGGAGGCUCCCAUCCCUCUGAGCCCCACACACCAGCUGCCGUAUUUCAGGAACCCGAGGAGAAGCCACUGCUGGACAGAGCCUCGGAAUCCAGAGAAUUCAGGCGGAAGAUCCUGGCCCUACUCCAGAAUACAGAGGAAGAGCGGGGAGAGCAGCAAGCUCAAGUGCAGAAGGGAGAGAAGGCUGGAGAAAACCCGGCCUCAGCCGGCAAGGUGAAGUCUCAGGUGAAGAAGACUAACCUCCGGAAAGCCUUUUCUCUCAAGAAACACAGCUCCAAGGAUUCUAAGAAAACGGAAGCUUCAGGGACUCCAGGCUCUGUCAGCCUGGAGGCCCGGCCACCCAAGAGGCACGGCUUCCUGCCCAUGUGUGUCGGUGGCCACAGAGCUUCCAUCUCCAGCAGCCCAGAAAGCCUGGAGUUCCAGAAUACAGAGGCUGCAGGAGGGGGAACAGCCGGGUCCCCAGAAACACCUUUCCAGGCCAGAAGCCACACACCCGAUGAGGGGCCUUCAUCAGAAGAAGCCUGGGAAUCUAAAGAGUUCAUUAUCCAACACCUGGUGGCCAGUCUCCAAGAGGUGGACAGUGAGCUAGGGAGGCAGAUCCGGAAGUAUCCCAGCUUCAAGCGUUUCUUUAAUGAGUUCUCGGAUGCCUCCCUCAGGAAGCUGGUGGCUACCUUAGACAGACAGAAGGCUCGCCUCGCCAACAAGCCGCCACUGUGUGCUUUUGGCACCCUGAACAAGUUUGCAGCCAACCACAGCUGCGCCAUCUGCACCCUCAUGCAGUCCCGAGGAGGCCAAUACAUGGGACACAAUUACGCCCACUUCCUGUCCCGGAAGGCCCAGCAGAACAUCACGAAUCUGGUUAGCCAGAGUCCGGACUGA